AUGGAUAUGGGAGAAUACUACAAAUCGUGCGGGAGUAUAUCUGGAACGGUUGUGUCUGAAAGGAGCAUUGUUUUUGUAGCUGUAAAAGGACCACCGAUAAUCGCUUCGCUUACAGAGAUAGAAAGAUUUAGUCGUAAACUUUCCUUGAAUGUGAUAAGUUUACCGUCGCCAGACAGCAAUGUUAGCAUCAAGAACAGUAAAGGGACUGAAUUAUCCAGGUCAUCUGCAAGAAUAAGGCCGGGAUUGGUGAAUUACACAGCGUACGGAGUCAAUGUUCAAAUAAAGGGAUACAAAAUGGAUAUUGUGAUCGAGCAUGCAGAAAUUGAAUGGUUUGGAGAAAUCAUUGUAAUUGUUUCAAACAAGCUGGGUGCUGGGAAAUACAGAUUAAUGGUUAAAAAAAAGUCAUGGAACAAAGCACAGUUUCUGUUUGCCAAAAGAAAAUGGAAAGUCAUGGAGCUCAUCAAAGAGGAUCCAACCCCUAACCAGUUAUGCUGUGCCUUACAGAACAACAAAUUUGGGGAUAAAC